AGUUUACCUUUUAUGGCUCGAGCCGGGUGUCUGACUGAGGAUAAAAUAGUGCACCCAAUAUCUACUGAUUCACUUUGAGCUCCUCCACACGCAGCUAGUGCGGGAAAACUACAACCUCUAACAGUUUCUCUUAAGCCGCUAAAACCCCCCACCCAAGUUAAGCCAUGGACGAUGAAAUUGCCGCACUGGUUGUUGAUAACGGAUCCGGUAUGUGCAAAGCCGGAUUCGCUGGAGAUGAUGCUCCCCGCGCUGUCUUCCCAUCCAUCGUGGGUCGCCCCAGACAUCAGGGUGUGAUGGUUGGCAUGGGACAGAAGGACAGCUACGUUGGUGACGAGGCUCAGAGCAAGAGGGGUAUCCUGACCCUGAAGUACCCCAUCGAGCACGGCAUCGUCACCAACUGGGACGACAUGGAGAAGAUCUGGCACCACACCUUCUACAAUGAGCUGCGUGUGGCCCCCGAGGAGCACCCAGUCCUGCUCACAGAGGCCCCCCUGAACCCCAAAGCCAACAGGGAAAAGAUGACCCAGAUCAUGUUCGAGACCUUCAACACCCCAGCCAUGUACGUGGCCAUCCAGGCCGUGCUGUCCCUGUACGCCUCCGGUCGUACCACCGGCAUCGUGAUGGACUCCGGCGAUGGCGUGACCCACACUGUGCCCAUCUAUGAAGGCUACGCCCUGCCCCACGCCAUCCUCCGUCUGGACUUGGCCGGCCGUGACCUGACCGACUACCUCAUGAAGAUCCUGACCGAGAGGGGCUACAGCUUCACCACCACGGCCGAGAGGGAAAUCGUGCGUGACAUCAAGGAGAAGCUGUGCUACGUGGCCCUGGACUUCGAGCAGGAAAUGGGCACCGCCGCCUCCUCCUCCUCCCUGGAGAAGAGCUACGAGCUGCCCGACGGGCAGGUCAUCACCAUCGGCAACGAGAGGUUCCGUUGCCCCGAGGCCCUCUUCCAGCCCUCUUUCCUGGGUAUGGAGUCCUGUGGCAUCCACGAGACCACCUUCAACUCCAUCAUGAAGUGCGACGUCGACAUCCGUAAGGACCUGUACGCCAACACAGUCCUGUCCGGAGGCACCACCAUGUACCCCGGCAUCGCCGACAGAAUGCAGAAAGAGAUCACAUCCCUGGCCCCCAGCACAAUGAAAAUCAAGAUCAUCGCCCCACCUGAGCGCAAAUACUCCGUCUGGAUCGGAGGCUCCAUCCUGGCCUCCCUGUCCACCUUCCAGCAGAUGUGGAUCAGCAAGCAGGAGUACGAUGAGUCCGGCCCUUCCAUCGUCCACCGCAAAUGCUUCUAAACAGACUGUUACCACUUCACACACCGACUCAAACUGCGCAGAGAACCAGAAACGACAACAUUGGCAUGGCUUUCUUUAUUUUUGGCGCUUGACUCAGGAUCUAAAAACUGGAACGGUGAAGGUGACGGCAAUGUUUUUUGGCAAAUAAGCAUCCCCGAAGUUCUACAAUGCAUCUGAGGACUUUAAAAUGUACUACUUUUUGUUUUGUUUUUUUCUUUUUAGUCAUUCCAAAUGUUAAAUGUUAAAUGCAUUGUUCAGAAACUUAUUUGCCUCUAUGAAGGCUGCCCAGUGUUUGGGAGCAGAUACUUAAACUUCGUUGUAGUAUUGCUUAUGUAAAUUAUGUAACCGAAACGAUGUCUGGGUUUUUGUACUUUCAGCCUUAAAUUCUUGGUCCUGUAUUUUUUUUUUUUUUUUUUUUCUUUUGUUAUGCAAAACCGCUUUACCUUUAUACAAAAACAUAAAGGUUUACGUCCCCCUGGGCAUAUGUAAAAGCCGUAUGGAAAGUGGCGGUGCCAGACGUGAUGGUGGAGCCAAUCUGUACACUGACUAAUUCAAAUCCAAUAAAGUGCACAUGUGAAAGACCAUGCUAAA